GAAGCUGCAGCAACAGAUGCAAAUGAAGCAGCAGCAGCAGCAGCAGCGACAAGUGCAGCUAAAGCAGAACCAGUAUCCGCAGCAGCAGCUGAAACCGCAACAGCAACUGAAGCAGCAGCAGCAACUGAAGCAGCAGCAAGAACUGCAACAACAGCAGCAGCAAAAGAAGCCGGAGGUGAUCAUUAAGAUGUCAGAUAGCAUAAGGAUACCUGAUGUUAAAUUUUCCGAUGUCCUGAAGAGUAAGGAGCUUCCAAGAGCACCUGAAAUCAAUAAGCAGGCAAAGGUUAUACCGGAAAGUCCCAAGAAUCAGGUGAAGACGCAAACCGAAAGCCGUAAGAAUGAUGAAAAGAAAGCUACUGACAAUCAGCAGUUAAAGAAAGCUACCGAUAACCAGCAAUUAAAGAAAGCCAAUGACAAUCAGCAGAACCAGCAGUUAAAGAAAGCCAAUGACAACCAGCAGUUAAAGAAAGCCAAUGAUAACCAGCAGUUAAAGAAAGCUCCUGAAAUCGUUAAGAGCCAGGAUCUAACAUUUUCCGAAGUCGUUAAAAAUCUAGAUAGAACAUUUUCUGAAGUCGUUAAGAAUCAAGAGAAGACAUUUUCUGAAGUCGUCAAGAGCCAGGAGAAAGCUCCCGUCAACCUAAAGAACCUGGAGAAGAAACCAUCUGAAAUAAUAAAGACCCAGGAGAAGAAAGUUCCUGAAAUGAUAAAGAACCAGGAGAAGAAAGUUCCUGAAAUCAUAAAGAAUCAAACCGAAGUGGUCCCAAAGAGCCCGAAACCGAACCCAACGAAGACCCAGGAGAAGAAAUCAACCGAAAAUCUUAAGAAACCGGUUCCAGAGAUUCCAAUCAUUGAGGAGAACAAAGUUCCCGAGUGUAUAAAGAUUGUGGAGGAGGAACCACAGCAGCAACCCGAGGACUUGAACUUGGAUCAAUUGAAGACUAAUACCGAUAUAAUUGUAUCGCCGGAUAUCUUACCUCCCGAGUCACCCCAUGAAUCCGUGGAUCUCGAUUAUCAAGAUCUCGAACUACUCGAACCUAAGUAUGGCUAUAUAGCUGAAUCCGAGAGCGAACCGAGUGUGAAUGAAUCACUUGAGAUCAACGAUGAGGUUAAAGUACCGCAUCAUCCAUUGAAUAGCCUGUGGACCCUUUGGUAUUUGCAAAAUGAUCGCAACAAAUCGUGGGAGGACAUGCUGAAUGUGGUUGCCAGUUUCGAGACUGUUGAGAAUUUCUGGAGCCUCUGGACGCACAUUAAGCCGCCAUCUGAGCUUAAGAUUGGCAGCGAUUAUAGUAUCUUCAAGAAGGGCAUUCGUCCCAUGUGGGAGGAUGAGGCCAAUAAGAAUGGUGGACGUUGGGUCAUCUCCAUUAGCAAGAAUAAUAAGCAUGAUCUGGAUAACUUUUGGUUGGACACAAUGCUCUGCCUGAUCGGUGAGACCUCUGAAUAUGCCGAUGAGAUAUGCGGUGCUGUUGUCAACAUACGUGCCAAAUCCAAUAAGAUAUCAAUUUGGACGGCAAAUGGAAAGAAUGAAGCUGCCGCAUGGGAUAUUGGACAAAUGUUACGCAAUGGUAUGCGCCUCUCAAAUGACUAUACUCUAUCCUAUUUACUUCAUAACGACACUAUGGCCAAGCAAACUGCCACCGUUAAGGCUAUAUACACGCUGUAGAUGUGGCAUAUGACAUUCGAUACCCGAUACCAUAUGUAGCACUCGAUUACAUAUACCAGAACCCCAGAUCCUUGUAUAUAUAUAGAAUUUCGGUAUUUUUACACACCCGUUCUAGCACACACUGGCAAAAAAAGCAGCACACCCCCUAUAUACAUACACACAACAAGUUAGUCGGUCGAUCGAGCCAUAGAGCCACCGCAUGGAGCAUAUAUGAAACGAAGCUAUAUAACAAAGAGCCUCCAAAAAAAAAGGAAAAUGAGAAAAACAUCAUCAAGAAUUCACGAUACCAUUGCCUAUGGAAUAUCAAUUAUCAAAAUCUCGAGUCAAGCCGACUUACUUUCAUAUAAAUUUUAACGUUG